CUUAGUUUGAAGCAUCAAAUUUGCUUCCCUUUUUAAGGCAAAGAAAAUAGAGUCACAAUUACAACGAGAGGCUGAUUCCGUUUGAAACAAUUUACACUAAUGCCGGAAAAUUCGCUUAAGCAACAUGCGCGUGAAAGAAAACAAAAACUUCUACUGCACUUCACCUAAGCCAUUUAUCCACCUUCAGAAUUAAAGAGUUAAAUUCAACCCUGAAAGCACGACUGCAAACUGUUCGACGAAAUGUCGCACUGGCUUACACUCCGUCCUGCUCCAGUUCAAUAUUUCAGGACAGUGUCAAUUCAAUCGAAGAAACCCGCCAAGAACUUCAAUCUCAGCAUUCGUAGUUGUUCUUCCGAUCCCGAAAAUAAAUACAAGUUAAUAGCAGAAGUUAAAGAGAAGCUCGGCAAAGAACAUAGUACGCUCCCAUUGGGCAAAUACGGACGAGAUGACGAAGAGAUGAUUAUGUGGUAUCUGAAGGAUCGGAAAUAUUCUGUCAAAGAUGCCGUCUCGAAAUUGAGUAAAGCAAUUAGAUGGCGUCAUGAAUUUGGUGUAUCUGAAUUGUCAGAAGAAUCGAUAAAAAAUGUAGCCGAAACGAGAAAGGCUUAUGUACACGACUUUCUUGAUGUAAAUGGCAGACCAGUGUUGAUAGUGGACGCGUCGAAGCAUAUUCCAGGGCAAUUCGAACAAUAUGAAGAUGAGAAGCUCUGUAUAUUUAUGAUCGAGAAGGCACUAAGCAAACUUCCAUCUGGAAAGCAGGAAAUACUUGCCGUAAUUGAUCUCCGAGGAUUUCGGACGCAAAAUGCCGAUAUUAAGUUCUUAACUUUUGUGUUUGACGCAUUAUACUAUUAUUACCCGAGGAGAUUGAGUCAAGUCCUUUUCGUGGAUGCGCCGUUUAUAUACAGACCAGUUUGGGAGCUGAUUAAGCCGUUGGUGAAAUCGUAUGCCUCACUGGUGAGAUUUUGCUCCGCGAAGACUGUCAAAGAGGAGUAUUUUGCAGCAGAUACUGUUCCACCUAACUUCAAGUAAUGAAACAGACGGGCUUUUUAGUUCUUUGAAAUAUGAAAUCGAGAGAUAUUCAGCACGGCUUUUUUGCCGAUGGAAAAUACGACUUACUGUUGCAUAUAUGUUCGUUAUACUUCGGUUAUCGUCUGUCUGUAUCUUUGCCUUUACCUGUUUUUGGCAGAGACAGGUAAAGCUUGUACAUUCGACAAUAUGCAAGCUUCGCAUCAACACAAUAUAAAAAUUAGAAAUUAUUAUUUCUAACUGAAAUAUAAAAUAAAAAUGUUAUUUCUCUCAC